GUGGCAGGUUGUCUUGCCUCACGCGUCCUGUGGCCUGCCGCAGAUAAAAAUUCAAACAAAAUCCGAGCGACGUACAAAAUAACAGUUGCAAAUUUGAAACGAGGCGUUGCCAAAAAAAAGUAAAAAUUGCUCAUCUUGUUUUGUGUUGUUGUUGUGGACAUCUUCACACACGCUAACAUUUGACUUGGCACUGGCAAAAUCAAGCCAAGGCCGCAAUGCAGCCGAAAAUAAAUUGUAAUUAAGCAAAGCUACUGAAGGAGACAGUAGAAAAGAAAAUAAGAGUUGUCGGUUUUAUUGGCAACUGUUGGCAACGGAACGAAACGCCAAGUUUAUUUAUUACGCUGCGCUGUGCAAACUUUUCUUUUGGCAGCCAACAAACCAACGAAGACAAACAGAUUUAAGCAAAAGCAAAAUGCCAGCAGGUCGUGUGGCCGGUAAAGCCGGCUACUCCAAUCACUAUUACAAUGGUCGCUCGUAUGUGGGCAUCAAUGAGGAAAUUAUGUGGGUUAGCAUUGGCAUGGGCGUGACUAUAGCGUUGCUUAUAACGAUUGCAUUGUGCUACAUUGCGCGAGAGAAAUGCCAAAAACGUCAACGUGAAUAUUACGUGACGGCAUAG